UUGCAGAAAAAAUGUCAGAAUGAGGCGCUACGAAGAUAUGAAAAAGCAAAAGGUUCGUACGGUGAAAUACUGGUUUCUGGAUCAGAUGAUUUUACAUUGUUUUUUUGGAAGCCUGCCGAGGAAAAGAAGUCGAAAACACGGAUGACUGGUCAUCAGCAACUUGUUAAUCAGGUAGCAACAUCGUUCGACAAAUCCAUAAAAUUAUGGUGUGGACGAACUGGCGCUUUCAUUGAUACAUUAAGAGGGCAUGUUCAGGCAGUUUACCAAAUUGCUUGGUCUGCGGAUAGCCGACUGAUUGUCUCCGGCUCUGCAGAUUCAACGCUCAAAUGUAUGCAGUGGACUGGAGUCCCGAUGGUGCACGUGUGGCAAGUGGCGGCAAAGACAAAUUGUUGA